ACAGCGCGUUUGUUGUUUGCUGCGCCAUCCCAACAGCCAAGGGGACGCAAUUUUUAGCUUGUUUCAGUGUAAAUAAUACGAAUAAAACUAUUUCGCGGCACAGCGGCGGCUGUAAACAGUGAACAGACAAAGCAUUCCUGUGUGAAAGCAGUUCAAAUUAAUAUCGUAAAACAAGCUUCGGUUGGGGGUUUCCCAGGCUUCCUUGCUUUGAUGACGCUCGCCCAACUUGGCGUCUGUUGAUAUCGUUGUUGACGGUACCAGUCCAGCCCUGCAAAGGAACCACAAGCACAGCAUGAGCUCGAAAGGGAAGCGAUCGUCCAUCCUGAAGAAACAGCACUCCGUGCCCGAUUCCGUGGGGCGUAAUGAUCCGAAAGCUUCGUCAUCCGCCACCGGUUACAAAAGCCUUAGAAAAAUAGAAUUUAACCGUAAAAAAUCAGUCAAGGAAUUUAUUGUCGGUGAAGAUGUGGAUACGAUCUGGGGCAAUUCGUACGAGGUGUCCACCGAUGCCACACCUUCCAGUGGGCUCGAGGACGCUACACUAGGCAACAACAGUACCUGCCGCGACGAGCAGAACAAGGAAAACCGAUCCACAAAUCAGCUCCCCUCGGUGGACGACUCGUUGCGGGGCGGUACGAUCAACACCACCAACACGAGCUGGGACCUGUCGAUCACGCUGGCCGAUGACGAGCGGCGAAAGCUGCGCAGUGACACGUCGGCCGUAUUUUCGCAAAGCCUCAACACCACGGAGCGGCUGCUGGUGGAACCGUUCCCUGUGCCCCAGCAGCAGCCUCCCAUCACCAGCAAGGUUAAGCUAAAACUGAACGGUCUGUCGGUCGAUGAGGGUGAGGUGCAGGCGAUGGACAUUAGCCCGAUCAAGCCGGGCAUGAACCCCUCACCCACCAAAUCCCCCCGCAAGAUGAUCUACACCUUCCCAAAGCAGGCCAUGUUUGUGGAAAUUAACGACGUGCCACCGGGUGGAGCGAAACGGUCCACCGUCCAGUCGGAUGAGCAGAAAACACCGAUCCAACCAGCCUGGCGCACCGGGGGGUCAUCAUUUGGCAAGGGGGCGGACCAAACGACACUGCGCGGUACCUCGUCGUACUGCGCGUCCGAAACGUGGAACUCCCAUCCGCACGCCCUGUACCAGGGACUGCUGGGGCAAACGCGCGCGAGCGGUGAGCUGCUGGCGAACGUUAGCUCCGACGUGGACACGACGAUUGCGCUCACGAACGCCAUGACGCAGGUGCUGCAGUCCUGCUCGAACGAAUCGAUCCAGAAAGCCACCAACAUGGAGCUGGACGAGUCGACCACGACGCUGCCCUCGAACGCGCUCGCCCGUGCCCGGCCCUCGUUUUUGCCCUCCCAGCAACGCCCGGCGGAGGAAGAGGACGAGUCACCGGAAGCAGUAGUACGAACGCCACCGAACGGCAGACAGGACGGGGUGUGGGAGGAGACCAAAUCGGCCGACCUCUCUUCGCCGGUGGAAGGUCACGUGCAGCGGGCGAGCUUGUCGCUGGAAAAUAUUUCCAUCCUAGCCGAACCAAAGCAACCAGAGGAUCGAACGAAGCAGCAGGAUCGGUUAACGCAGCAACCGGAUGUGGACAAAUCUUCUUGUUCUACGGGGGAACCAAACGGCAACGGAUUAAUGAUCGAUUUUGGACUGUCCUCGUUAAGUCUGAAGCUGGGACCAAGCUCACCGGAGAUGCCGGUUGUUACCAAGCCACGGAUUUUACGCCCCACGCUACCCGCCAGCUUGCUGGAAAGCGCCACCAAGCAGAGCGAGCCUGCCAAAUCGGAUGCUGCCGAUGGGCACGAUCGUAGUCGCUCGAUAAAGCACACGCCCAGGAUGAUGUUGAGCCGCCAGAAAACGGUGGUCGAUGAGGAAGAAGCAAGUGUUGCGAUUGGAACGAAAUCACUUGUAUCUUUGGAUAUCUCAACCGCCAGCGGGCAUGCCAGCAAAUCUUCUUUUGCGCCGACCCUCUCCCGAAGGACCGUUGGCAUGGAGGAGUCACCAAAGCAAGCCUAUCGGGCAACCGUUUUCCACUCAAACGAUAUUGUUAUCGAUCGGGUGGAGGGGGUGAAAGGAGCCGACCGAGCAACGAUCGUGUGCGAUGAGAAGAUGGAGCUAACUGGCAGCAGACACACCCACGCCGGUCGUCCCACGCUCUACGACCCGCAACCGAUAGUGGAAGAACCGGCACCACCCAAGCACCCGUCGACGGUUGAGCGAAUGAAACGGGGCACUGUCCACAGUGCGGUUGUGAUCGAUGAGUCCGACUGCUCGCCCCACUCGCCGCAGACAGCGCUGGCAAACUAUCGGCGCACCGUUUACCCGCUGGACGGCAUGAAGGAGGAGGAGAACGACACGGCAAUUGUACCUCGGUCGAGCAGCAAGCUUACCCGUAAAACGAUCACGCCCAACGACGACAUGGUGCUGGACGUGUGUGCUACACCGAACGGGAGGUCGGGCGCAGACGCUUCCAUUUCGUGCAUCGUUUACGGGCGCAACGUGGACGAGCUGUCGAUACAGGCGAUCAGCAGGAGCAACGCGGUCGGUGUGCAGUUUGCACGCGCCACAACCUUCCAAUCGCAGCUGUGCGAAGAAUCGUCUUCGGUGCAGAUUGUGCGCGAGCGGCCAACGCUGAUGCAGGUGGAAAAUAUGGCGCUCGAAGAUGGGGGUGCUCGGGUCCCGCGGCAACAACGAUUGACGACGCACGUGCUGCACGCGAUGGAAGAGGAUGAUUCGGUCGAUGUUCCUCGGGAGAAGGAAAGCGAUCGUGUGCCGUCCACCAAGGCGCGGAAAAGCAACUUUAAUGCGGAAGGAAUGGAGCUUACUUUGGUGGAGGAAACGAACGAAAACGCACACCAGGAGGAGAAGGUGGAAGAACGAUUUACAACACACCACGACGCGGAGGAGGCGGUAGUAAUGGAUGAAAGUGUCGUGGAAGAGAACGUGCAACCUUACGAACGUUAUCCUCAGCCCCACGGUGAAGAAAGAAAGGCAGACACUGUUCGACAGCAGUCACGAAUUCCACGACUGACCACACACGCGCGGGAGGAUAUGGAGGGCAUAAUGCAGCGCACAGAGGAACCGGUGCGAGUGAAACCGAGACACUCCACCUACGAGCGCGAAGAUAUGGACGUUACAAAGCUCGAUUGUGAUGCCGCCAUACCCGAUCGCGAGACGAUCGUGCAAGGCUUGCAGGUGGAAGCGGAUAAAGAGUCCGUCUUAGCAACGGAAUUGAAACUCCUGCCAAAAACACGACUCUCCAUCUACGAGCAGGAAGAUAUGAACGCUACCAACAUUUGCGAAGACGACCCACCCGUUGAAUCUUCUCACACCGUGCCGCAGAGCAUCAUGGUGCCGUCCCUCGAGCCAACCGACGGCAACAGUUUUCGGAUGGAUCUAACUGACCCGGAAAGUCACGUUGAACCGGAAUUGCAUUAUAAAUUGCGACCAAGCACCUACCAGAAGGAACCGAUGGAUGUGACGCACGUGGCGGCAUGCCAAUCAAAUUUGGACAGCGAGCAGCAGCAGCAGCACCAGCAUGAUGUUACUAACUACAACACGUUUCUGGAGCGCUACGAAAUGUCGCACGACACCGGGCACGGUAGUUCGGUCGUGCCACAGCGCACCGAACACUUCCCGGAGAGUCAGUUCAAUUGUACCCGGCUGUCGAAAGCGUACGAGCAACAGGAAGAGGUGCAACCGAUGCGGUCGAGAGCGUCCAGCUACCACGCGGAAGCAAUGGAUGAAACACACAUUGGUGGGCAGGAGAAAAUGCCGAUGUCACCCGCUGCCGAAGUUAAACCGAACAACGCUCCACGGCAAUCGACGUACCACGCCGAAGCAAUGGACAGUACACAGCUGGCGCAAAGGGCGGGCGGUAAAUCGUCAUUUGGCUGGCGCAGCUCCAAUCUGCAAAGUAUCGCGAGACAGAGUGCAGCAGCAGCGAUCGAUAUGGAGGGCAUUUCCGUGCUGGAAAGUGACGAAACCGAUCCGAGACUGUCGUGUGAACCUUCCGCACGUGGUACAAUCUUCUUCAGCGCUCCAGCGGUGAUGGAGGAUGAUCGGACGAGUGCGAUGCACCAACUGCCAACGCCGCUGGAAGAGCAACCGAAAGGGCGUACGAACAACAACCGUUUUUCGAUCUAUGAUGCUGCAGCGAUGGUUGAGGAAACGGUACCGAUGAACCAUUUAAAAUUGCGGCAGGCGCAGAAACCGUCGCUGGAUGGGCAGGAACGCGGUGGAACGCAGCGCAAGAGCAACGACUGUAUGGACGAAACGAUCGUACCGGAAAACAUUCGCGUGGAACGCAAUGUAAGGUACACGCGGCAGUCGUUUGCCCGGCUGGGCGGCAGCAUCGAAUCAUUCUCGCCGUACCUGUGUCCAGCGCAACCAAUUCCGACGAGCGAGCUGUACCGUCCGUCCACUCACGCACCGGCGGAAGAAGCGAUGGAGCUAACGGCCGCGGUGGUGUCGAGGCCAAACAACCUUGUAGGGGACGGUAAGCGCAAUCGACAGACGAUCCAUCAAGCUGCCAGCAUGGAUUUGACGCUGGUCGGCAGGGAGACUCCACCCACUAUGACCAGACCGGUAGCUGCCACCGAUCGGCGAACGAUUUACCAUGCCGGAGCAAUGGAAGAAACUCCACCGCACGGUGGGAAAGGGGAAAUAGUUCCACAAACAGUUUCGACAGCAACACCGCAAGCCAAAACAGUCCCUGCGGUGGAACAAAAACAGCGCCGAAAACCACGCCAAACCAUUCUAAUUCCUCAGGAUAUGGACGUGGAGGACGAGCAGGACAGCAAGGAAGAGAAGGAAGAGAUUAAACGGAAGGAGGAACAACAACCCUCCUUCGCCCUCUCGAUGCUUCCCCGCGAAACGACCGAAGACUAUGUGCCACGGUCUGCCUCCCUGCUGCCGAGACGUGCCUUCGUUCAGCCGCCAUUCGUCGACGACUGUCCGGAGUUUGCGAAACCGAACGCCCCAGAACAGACGGACCUGUACCACCGCAAACACCUGUCGCACGUGAUGGCCAGAAAAACGGACAUUGCGAGCGCGCACGAGCUGAGCGACAUCUCCAUGUCCACCUCGGCGAUGCGACCGGAGCUGCCGUGCAUUGGCAACAUAACGGCCAUGAUGAGUAUGCGCGAAAUUACCGAACCCUUGCCGCCGGCAUCCUUCCAAGAGCACAGCAACUCGGUGUCCGUUAUCUGUCGUGCGGCAAGUCAGCAGGCGCCGGUCGUGCAGGGCAGCGAACAGGAGGACGAUGAACCUGUAGGCUUACAGACGCUCGCCUUUGUACCGACGCGACCGAACGGCGCUAGUGACGAUGAGUUUUACGAUGCCGAGGAUGAGCCGGUGGAGGAUCAGCCGGUGGAUCCACUUUCGCUGACCCGGUCCACCCGCCACCUGACGAUGAAGUUUGUCGAUGUGGAUCAGCUGGAGCAAACGAACGCAUACGACGCCGGUGGGAAGGUGUCGAUGUCUGUGCCCUCGAUCACUAGCAGCAAGCGGCUACACUCGCAGGUGCUCUGUUCGCCGAUCGUUGAACGGCGGCCGUCGCCUGCUGGUGACGAUUGCGAUCCGCUGCAGAUGACGCACGUUCGGCAAACGCUGACCACCGCCGCUAGCAAUCAAACGCCGAACGGACCGAUCAAGAAACGGGCCCGUACGUCCUGCACUGUUGCCAGUCAAAUGCUCACAGAGAAAGAGGAAGCAGCAGCACCGGAACCGGAAACGUCGGAAAUCGAGCAAGUGUACGUGAAGGAGGAGCGACAGUCGGUAGCAAUCGAUAACUGCGCCGCUCGCUCCUCCCAGACGCUCAUACACGAUCCGUCCGUGUUCGUGCUGGAGGAGGAAAACUUGCUGGACGACGAAUCGGACAUAGCGUGUGCGUCGAUGGCGGAAGAAACGCAACCGGAACCGGAAGCUUCUUCUACCGCACCACCAACGUCCGUGUCAUCGUGCCCGCGGUUGAGCAGGAUCGCGGAACUGUCGUAUUACAAAGAUUUUGCGAACCUAACGCUCGAAAAUCUGGACUCUUGGGAGGGCGGCACCGAAACGCCAACACCGCCGAACGGGGAGCAGCAGCAGCAGCAGCAGCAGCACGAGGACGAUCUCGUUGCGGAAUGUAUUUCCGUUAGUGAUGAGGAUUCGCUCAUCGUAACACCGCCGAAGGUGCCGCUUGCGGCGCGAAAAGCGCAAACGGGGAUGCUGCUGGAGCAUAUGCUGCUACCGAAUGGAGGGGGUCCGGAGGGCGAACUGCUCGAAUCGACGAUCGCGAGCGAGAUCAUGUACCAGAUACGGCAGCAGCGCCCGGUCGUGGAGCAUCCGUGCUGCGGCAUGCCGACGGAAUGCAUCUGCCCGUUGCGGCGGGAGGUGAAGCGGCGCCAGGAAGCGUCCGAUCUGGUGUGGAACCGGUGGUGCACGCAGCUGGCGGCGAUCAGGAAACGUACGGCGGCGAGUGCGGGUUCGCCGGCGGCUGAGGAUGAGGAGCGGCCGAAAUCGUUUGCGGAGCAAAUCGAGGAGCUUGACUGGCAGCUGCAGCGUGGCCAGUUCGACGAGCGGUUUCUGUUCGUGAAGGGGGGUGAUGAGCUGUGGGAGGAGGAUGUGUCGAGGAGGAGGAGCCGGACUGCGAUCCCUAGCGGCCACUACCCGGAGACGCCAAGCAUUGCGUUGUUGGCGGACAAUUUAAGAAGCUUCCUUGCCGAGCAGUUGUACGCAGUAGAUGACGGGCCACCGACUGGUGCUUCCUUGCCGGCCGUGCCCCGCAUCACGCAGCUGAUCGCGAACAAACUAGCCACCGACUGCGACACCCGCUGGACGCUGGACUGUUCGGAGGAGGAUGCCGGCGUGCUGCAGUUCCGGCACCGGACCCUGCGCAGCUUCGUCCUGUGCGUUCAGCUGCAGCCACCGCGCGGUAAAGCCGCUGCUGCCACCCUCCAAACUGCGGGCAUUCAGGAGAACUGGCGCCUCGAGCGGAUACAGGUGCGCGAAUGUCAGCAGGAGUACGUCCACUCGCCGAAGCUGCUGCUGGCGCACAUCGAGUUUAUGCGGCUGGUGGAAGAGACGACCGAGCAGACGCUUCGCUCCACCUACCGGACGGUGGGCGAUCUGAUGGGUCUGUGGCACCGGUUUAACGAGCAGCUGGAGCGUGUCUUCGAGGUCGUUAACCGGCUGCUCACGAUCAUGCGCAACAACGAUGCGGUGCUGCACUACGAUGCACAAAUGGAGCGGUUCUGUCUGAAGAAGUGCUUCCAUCGCACCGGGGACGACGGUCUAAUCGAAGCGAACGUGCUGCUGGUGCACUUCAACUGGAUUGGAUGCAUCGGUGCGCCGAGCGUUAGCUUCCGCUGGCCGAUGGCCGACCUGCCGCACAAACUGUUGCCCGCUGGUCACGCCCAGCCGCAGCACGGCGCGGCAUCCUCAUCCACCUCGUCCGGCUGGAACCUCCCGAAAGGUGUGUUCGUCGGGACGGAUCACAAGGCGGGCCUCAUGUUUCUCGAGUGUUUGCUGUGGAACGUAACGAAGCAGUACGAAUCAUAGCAGUAGCGCAAUGACGAUGGUGUAGUCCCUCUUCUUUUUUUUAAACUUCGCAAGGAUCGUCGUAGAUAGAAUCAUGUAUCGGACUGCAAUUUAGAGCGUAGAGCAAAGAGAUAUAGUGUAGUGUUUCGGUUUAAAGCGUUUUGGACGUAUAAUUUUACUAAACUAAAUUAUCCACUAUUAAGCUACAGUGUGGUCGGUCGCGUACGUGUUGUUUUCGGCCAUAUUUUAGGGUACACCAGAAUUGUCUUCUCUUGAUGGGAGUGUUUGAGAGAAGUUGUCAAAUACAAUGUUAUAACAGUGUUCGAGUGAAA